AUGGUUCGACCCGUUCUCCCUCUCUUCCGACCUCUCUUACCUCAACCUAUACCUAUAGCUCGAUCCAUCCAUACCUCACCUAGGAUAUUACUCGCUACUCCAACAGGAGGAAGCAGGAACCCGUUCGCUCCUAGAACAGGACCGAAACACCUCACCCCAGGUCCAGUCAAAACUCCUAAUCCAAGAGAAACAACAACUGCAAAUGCAAAUUCGGAGGGAUCGAGACAUGAAGGUGAAGUAUCGACUUCAGGUGGAAGUUCAAUCUCAUCUUCUUCGCCGGCAAGUCAGUAUCCCGAUUAUUCAAAAGGUCCAAGUGCAUUAGAUAAAGCAUCUCAGUUAUUCUUCUUUACUGAGAUCGUAAGGGGAAUGUGGAUCGUAUUGGAACAAUUCUUCAGACCACCAUACACAAUCAUGUACCCAUUCGAAAAAGGACCUCUAUCACCUAGAUUCAGAGGUGAACACGCUUUGAGGAGAUAUCCCAACGGUGAAGAGAGAUGUAUUGCUUGUAAAUUAUGUGAAGCCAUUUGUCCAGCACAAGCUAUCACUAUCGAAUCUGAAGCUAGAGAAGAUGGGUCAAGAAGAACUACACGAUAUGAUCUUGAUAUGACAAAGUGUAUCUACUGUGGAUUCUGUCAAGAAGCUUGUCCUGUUGAUGCUAUUGUCGAGACUCAAAACGCCGAAUACUCAACUGAGACAAGGGAAGAACUCUUAUACAACAAAGAGAAACUCUUAUCCAACGGUGAUAGAGCAGAAGCUGAAAUCGCUGCAAACCUCCAAGCCGAUCAUUUCUACCGAUAA